AUGUGUGGCAUUUGGGCGCUCUUUGGCAGCGAUGACUGCCUUUCUGUUCAGUGUCUGAGUGCUAUGAAGAUUGCACACAGGGGUCCGGAUGCAUUCCGUUUUGAAAAUGUUAAUGGAUACACCAAUUGCUGCUUUGGAUUUCACCGGUUGGCGGUUGUUGACCAGCUGUUUGGAAUGCAGCCAAUUCGAGUGAAGAAAUAUCCGUACUUGUGGCUCUGUUACAACGGUGAAAUCUACAACCACAAGAAGCUGCAACACCAUUUUGAAUUUGAAUACCAGACCAAAGUGGAUGGUGAAAUAAUCCUUCAUCUUUAUGACAAAGGAGGAAUUGAACAAACAGUUUGUAUGUUGGAUGGGGUAUUUGCAUUUAUUUUACUGGAUACUGCCAAUAAGAAAGUGUUCUUGGGCAGAGAUACCUAUGGAGUGAGACCUUUGUUUAAAGCCAUGACAGAAGAUGGAUUUUUGGCUGUGUGUUCAGAAGCUAAAGGACUGGUUAACCUGAAGCACUCCAUGACUCCGUUUUUAAAAGUGGAGCCUUUUUUCCCAGGACAUUAUGAAGUUUUGGACUUAAAGCCAAAUGGCAAAGUAGCAUCGGUGGAAAUGGUGAAAUACCAUCACUGUAGAGAUGAGCCCCUGCAUGCCCUGUAUGACAGCGUGGAGAAACUCUUCCCAGGUUUUGAGAUAGAAACUGUGAAGAGCAACCUCCGGAUUCUUUUUGACAAUGCUGUUAAGAAACGUUUGAUGACGGACAGAAGGAUUGGCUGCCUUUUAUCAGGCGGCUUGGAUUCCAGUUUGGUUGCCGCCACUCUGCUGAAGCAGCUGAAAGAGGCCCAAGUACAGUACCCUCUCCAGACGUUUGCGAUUGGCAUGGAAGACAGUCCUGAUUUACUAGCUGCUAGAAAGGUGGCAAAUCAUAUUGGGAGCGAACACCAUGAAGUCCUCUUUAACUCUGAGGAAGGCAUUCAGGUCCUGGAUGAAGUCAUAUUUGCCUUGGAAACUUAUGAUAUUACAACGGUCCGUGCUUCAGUAGGUAUGUACUUAGUUUCUAAGUACAUUCGAAAGAACACAGAUAGCGUGGUGAUCUUCUCUGGAGAAGGUUCAGAUGAACUUACGCAGGGUUAUAUAUAUUUUCACAAGGCUCCUUCCCCGGAGAAGGCCGAGGAGGAGAGUGAGCGGCUUCUGAGGGAACUCUACUUGUUUGAUGUUCUCCGAGCAGAUCGAACUACUGCAGCCCAUGGCCUUGAAUUGAGAGUCCCUUUCUUGGAUCAUCGCUUCUCUUCCUACUACUUGUCUCUGCCUCCAGAUAUGAGAGUUCCCAAGAAUGGGAUAGAAAAACAUCUCCUGAGAGAGACAUUUGAGGACUCCAAUCUGAUACCUAAAGAGAUUCUCUGGCGACCAAAAGAAGCCUUCAGUGAUGGAAUAACUUCAGUUAAAAAUUCCUGGUUUCAGAUUUUACAAGACUAUAUUGAACAUCAGGUUGAUGAUGUGGCGAUGGCAAGCGCAGCCCAGAAAUUUCCCAUCAAUACCCCCAAAACAAAAGAAGGCUAUUACUACCGUCAGAUCUUUGAACACCACUACCCAGGCCGUGCCGACUGGCUGCCCCAUUACUGGAUGCCCAGGUGGACCAGCGCCACAGACCCUUCUGCCCGCACUCUGACCCAUUACAAGGCCUCUGCCAAAGCUUAG